AUGAAUGAAAAUGCCCCUGGAAACAAUCAAAUGAAAUCUCCAACAGUUCAAAAGGAUUUAACACGGGCUUGUGUUGCUGAAGUCACAAAUUUCAUUCUUAAUGAUAUAAAAGACAAUAUAUUUUCUCUUAUGGUUGAUGAGUGUCGAGACAUUUCAGUCAAAGAGCAAAUAAGAGUUGUUUUAAGAUACGUGAACAAACAUGGAUGUGUUAUUGAAAUAUUUCUUGCUAUUGUAUAUGUGUCUGAUACUUCUGCUAUUUCUUUGAAGAAGGCUAUUGAUGAAUUGUUUGCAAAACAUAAGUUGUCAUUAUCAAGAUUGAGAGGUCAAGGAUACGACGGAGCUUCAAAUAUGCGAGUUGCUAAAAGCAAUCGAAUUGUGAGUGAUUUAUUCCAAUAUGUUACUAUGAUUGUGAAUGUUACUGUGCUUGAAAAUGUGUAUGAUGAUGGCACUAAUGAUGAUAAUAAUGGUAUCGCUGCCAGUUUGAUUGAUAAGAUGGAGAGUUAUGAAUUUGAGUUUGUGAUGCAUUUGAUGAAAUCUUUAUUGGGAACCACAAAUGAAUUGCCGCUUGCCUUACAACAAAAGGAUCAAAACAUUGUUCUUGAUACGAUGGUUCAAGAGAUGAAUAAUCGGUUUUCAGAAUCAAGUACGGAGUUACUCCGCCUUGCUGAACUUUAUCCGGAGGACUUUGCAUUGAUCGAUCGUGUAAUACUUGAGGACCAACUUGAGACUUACAUUCAAAAUGUGCGAGUUGCAACUGCUUCUGUUGAAAGAGUUUUUUCUGUUAUAAAAAUUAUCAAGACUAAUUUGCGUAAUAGGAUGGGGGAUGAGUGGAUGAAUGACAGUUUCGUAGUAUACAUCGAGAAGGAUAUUUUUGCCACAAUUGAAAAUGAACAAAUUUUACAACAUUUUCAACAGAUGAACACUCGUAGGAUACAGUUGCCUCCUCUUCAAGGGCCGAGAAAGACUCUACGGGCCUACAUUCAUCGCUUUAACCAGGCAGCCAUGGAAAUUCCCACGGUCUCGUCUGAAACUAUGAUACUUGCCUUCACACAAGGGCCCAUCGACGGGGAUUUCUUCCGCUCGCUCAUCAGGAAGCCGCCCCACGAUUAUGACCAUAUGCUGAAGAAGACCAGCGAGUAUAUCAACGUGGAGGAAGCUUAG